GAUGCAUUUUGGGUUGUAUCGAAAAUGGCGAGUCGGCAACAAAAACCUCUGAAUGGUGAAAUAAUUCAGGCAGAACUGCCGCCAUACGACAAACCGCCUCCUUGGAUCCCUCCAGAAGAGAGGCCUUAUGAUCGGCGAUACAAUAACGACAUAUCCAAAUUCUUACCAAGGACAAUCCAGCUGACGAGGACAAAAGCAACUGAUCAGCUUGGGUUCAAUGUGAGGGGAGGAAAGGAAUAUCACUGUGGGAUCUAUGUUUCAAAGGUGCUUCCCGACACAGACGCAGAGCGUCUUGGCCUGAGAGAAGGGGAUCAGAUAAUACAAGUGAAUGAAGUCGACUUUGAGGAGAUAGAGCACGCAGAGGCAGUACGAGUGCUGAAGAAAAACACAGAAAUUCUCCUCCUAGUGAAAUACUUUCCAUUCGGCUAUGACAAGACUUACGACAAGACUAAGUUCUUACAGCAAUUACAGCAACAGCAGCUUCAGCAGCAGAGAUGAUCCGAUGUUAAUAACAUAUCUGAGGGAUUUUAUCUUAUGUUAGAUUAUGUGGGUUAUAUUUCUCACCCAUACCAACACAUUAACAUUGUAGGAAGAAUUGUGCUAGAUUUUAGUGUCAUAUAUGGCCUCAAGAUGGCGACACUGAGGGCAAAUGUCGCCCUGUUAUGUUGCCCUUCAAUGUACUGACGAUAUCGUUGAAAUUAGUCUAUCUUCAGAUUAUUAUUUACCCCUUCUUAUCCAAUGUAAUAUACUAUUGAUGUUAUAUGUACAUAUAUUUAUAAAAUAUACAAUUAU